AUGGCUCUGAAGACCCUCGUCCUGUUCUCCCUGCUGGCCCUGGGGCAGCUGGUGCCCAAAGUGGUACAGACUUGCACAGAGGAGUCUCCGGCUAAGGAUUUCCAGCGGCAGCACAUGGACCCUGGCCAUUUUCCCAACAACGGCACCUACUGCAAUAGGAUGAUGUACUCACGGAAUAUGACACAUGGGUUCUGCAAAAAGUUUAACACCUUUGUGCAUGAGUCCAAGGCGGAUGUCGACGCUGUCUGCCGUGAGAGAAAUGUCACCUGCAAGAAUGGGAUGGGCAAUUGCCACAAGAGCAAGUACACAAUGCGCAUCACAGACUGUAGCACAGAAUGUCCCUACCUCACAGAGAGCAAAGAGAAACGCAUCAUCAUUGCCUGUGCAGGGCACCCGCCCGUGCCUGUCCAUUUUGACAGAUAUGUGUAG